CGCUUGCGGGAUUUGCAAACCGAGUUACAUGCAUGUCCAGUGGGGGUAGGUUUAAUUUUGACGAUGGAGGGUCCUACUGCGGAGGCUGGGAGGACGGCAAGGCGCACGGCCAUGGCGUCUGCACCGGCCCCAAGGGCCAGGGCGAAUACACCGGCUCGUGGAGCCACGGCUUCGAGGUGCUGGGCGUCUACACCUGGCCCAGCGGCAACACGUACCAGGGCACCUGGGCGCAGGGCAAGCGCCACGGCAUCGGCCUGGAGAAGAAGGGGAAGUGGGUGUACAAGGGCGAGUGGACGCACGGAUUCAAGGGGCGCUACGGGGUGCGGGAGUGCACGGGCAACGGGGCCAAGUACGAAGGGACCUGGAGCAACGGGUUGCAGGACGGCUACGGCACGGAGACCUACUCGGAUGGAG